AUGUCAAGUACCUAUUCUCUGGUUUCAGGAACUCUCAACCCAUUUGAUGCAGUCAUCAUAUCUUCUGUGCCCCUUGGUGGAGGACUGUCCAGUUCUGCUGCUCUUGAAGUAGCCACAUACCUGUUUCUGGACCAACUUGAUGGCAACAAUGUAUCUGAUGUCAGUAAAAAGGAAAAAGCAUUGGCUUGUCAAAAAGCAGAGCACAAAUUUGCCAAUCUACCAUGUGGUAUAAUGGACCAGUUUAUUUCCUUCAUGGGUGAAGAAGGCAAUGCCCUCCAGAUUGAUACCAGAUCGCUAGAAACAACCCUGGUCCCUAUGACUUUUCCAAAUGCCGUGGUUCUAAUCUGCAACUCAAAUGUCCGACAUACUCUUUCUGGAACAGAGUACCCAGAGCGUCGACGCCAGUUUUUAAGUUUUUCUUUUUCACUUUCUCUUGUUUUUGUUGAUUUUUCUUUUCCCAAUUUUGUUUGCUCAUUUUUCUUUUAUGCUUUUUUCUUUCUUUUAUGCUUUUUUCUUUCUUUUUUCUUUUUUCCCUAUUUUCUUUUCUUUUUUUUCCUCUUCUUUUUUCUUUUCUCUUUUUCCUUUUUUCUCUCUUUUUCCUUUUUUCCCUAUUUUCUUUUUUUCCUCUUCUUUUUUCUUUUCUCUUUUUCCUUUUUUCUUUUCUUUUUCCUUUUUUCUUUUCUCUUUUUCCUUUUUUCUCUUUUUCCUUUUUCUCUCUUUUUUCCUUUUUCUCUCUUUUUUCCUUUUUCUCUCUUUUUUCCUUUUUCUCUCUUUUUUCCUUUUUCUCUCUUUUUUCCUUUUUCUCUUUUUUUCCUUUUCUCUCUUUUUCUUUUUUUUGUUUUUUUUCCUUUUGUUUUUCUUUCCUUUUGUUUUUUAUUUCCUUUUGUUUUCUUUCCUUUUUGUUUUCUUUCCUUUUUGUUUUCUUUCCUUUUUGUUUUCUUUCCUUUUUGUUUUCUUUCCUUUUUGUUUUCUUUCCUUUUUGUUUUCUUUUUUUUUUGUUUUCUUUUUUUUUCCUUUUUUGUUUUCUCUUUUUUUUUUUUGUUUCUUUUUUUUUUUUUUUCUCUUUUUUUCCUUUUUUUUUUUUUUCUUUUUUUUUUCUUUUUUUUUUUUCUUUUUUUUCCUUUUUUGUUUUCUUUUUUUUUUUCCUUUUUGUUUUCUCUUUUUUUUCCUUUUUGUUUUUUUCUUUUUUUUUUCAUUUUGUUUUCCUUUUUUUCCUUUUUUUUCUCUCUUUUUUCCUUUUUGUUUUCUCUUUUUUUUUCCUUUUUUGUUUUCUCUUUUUUUUCCUUUUUUGUUUUCUCUUUUUUUUCCUUUUUUGUUUUCUCUCUUUUUUUCCUUUUUGUUUCUCUCUUUUUUUUCCUUUUUUGUUUUCUCUCUUUUUUUCCUUUUUUGUUUUCUCUCUUUUUUUCCUUUUUUGUUUUCUCUCUUUUUUUCCUUUUUUGUUUUCUCUGUCAAAAAGACAAGUUGGACAAUGUGACCUUCAAUCGUGCAAGGCAUGUCCUGACUGAAAUUAGUCGAGUAUCAAGUGGAGUGUCCGCUUUACAACAGGCUGACCUGAAAACAUUUGGUAAUUUAAUGGUACAAAGCCAUACUUCUUUACGUGAUGAUUAUGAGGUGUCAUGUGAUGAACUGAAUGAACUGGUUUCAAUAGCACUUGGCACAGAAGGCGUCUAUGGAUCUCGCAUGACGGGUGGAGGCUUUGGAGGCUGUACUGUCACACUUGUAGAGGAGAGUGCUGUGAAUGAUUUAAUCAGCAAUGUAAAGAAAGAAUACAAAGGAAACGCUACAUGUUAUAUUUGUUCACCAUCAGCUGGAGCCAAAGUCUUAUCCAUAUAG